AUGUUGAGCUUCGCUUCAAGGAAGAUCAUUGUGUUCAUUUGCCCACUCAUCGUCUUCGUGUGCAUCAUCUCCCUUUUUGGCAUUAAAGAUGGACGACCCGAAUAUCAGGUUACCACAAAGGCAGACCUGAACGCCCGAGUCCAAGAUGUCCUGGCGCUCAAUAGUCAAGACCCGACAAUCGCCAAUGUCCCAGGACUGGGACAAAUUGUGGAAGGGGAUAGCCUCGCCCAAUUGAUGCCGAAGCAACCGAUUGCUUAUGAGGAGCUCGAGGAGACCAUGGAGAUCGACGCCGCGGAGUUCGCAAAUGGUGAUGGGAAGGGACACGACGAGAAAAUCCUCGGUGGCGAGAGGUUUCAAGAUGAUGAAGUCCUCACCAAUGAGAUUGCUCUCACCACUGGACUUGAUCAUCGCGAAUUGUUCUCUCUGACUACCAAAAAUCGCAAAUUCUUUCCCCUAAAAUUUGGCAACCAUAUCGUCUACAACCCCAAUAUCUUGCCACACCCUACCAAGCACGAUACAUGGAUCAUUAUUGGCCAACACGAAGGAAGUUGCGAACCUCAUGGGGACUUGGAGGAGAUCUACUGUGACGCCAUAUUCUGGGAUGAUGUCUUAAGCUGCAUCUCGACCCCCAUCAUCUUACCCGUCACGCCUUCCAAGAAAGGCGAAUGCGAAGGGGACCUCGCCGUCCUGAAUCUUCAAUAUGGGCCGCGCGAUCCCCGGGUUUUCUAUGGCCCUUCAGCACCAUACAUAAUGUACGGGUCCCAGUCGAUUUUUACGUGCCUGAGUCUCUGGAUCCAGGAUGUCCGAAUGUUGCUCGAUAACUUUCGUCUGGAGAAGCUCACCCUGCCCAAGAUUUUCGAGAACACGACCGAGGUACAACGACCAGCGCCAUAUCAUAAAAUAGAGAAAAACUUCUUCAUCUUCUGGGACAGCCAAGAUCGGAUGUAUGCUCAUUAUGAUACCACCCCUAGACGUGCCUUUGCCCAGCUCUCAGCGAAUGGUUCCAGCGGACCAGAUAUUGCAACUACUGCGGCAUACGAAGACAGAAUGUGCAUGGCAAAAUAUAUGCCAUACGUGGGCCCAGAGCUCGAAUCGAUUCAUCAGGCCACCAACUCUCUCUCCAUCACGCUUUGCAAGCGAUCGGAUAAUGAUUGUUCAGCUGAUGCCUCCAACACUUUUAUCAUGUCUAUAUUUCAAAAGAAGGUGUUUCUGGACUACCAUGCGGUCUAUGAGCCCUACGUCAUGUUGUUCCAGCGAGAUGCACCCUUUGCUCUCCACGCUAUCUCUCAGCGGCCACUGUGGAUUUCUGGUCGUGGUCCAUUCACUAAUGAAUCCGGUUCGAUUAUAUGGAGGGAUCAAGAGCUUCCGAAAGGACACACCGAAAUGUUCUACAUGACGAGUAUGAGCUGGAAGAGUCACAUCCAGAAAUACCACGGUCAUAUUGAUGAUGAUCUCUUCUUGGCAUUCGGUAUUGAGGAUGCGAAAGCUGGUGCCAUCGACAUCAAGGCUGGCGAUUUGCUACAGGAUCUUGCAUAUUGUGCAGAUUAA